UAAGUGUCAUAUCGUGAUGCAAACAUUCAUCAUUUUUAAUCAAAAAUUAUUCUUCGAUCGGUAAAAAUUGAAAAUCUGUCGGAAACCUCCAAUUGGUUUGUAUCCCAUAAGAUCGUCGGGGAAUUGCACAACAAUGUGGCAGAAACGGACUUUGCUUUUGUGAUAAACAAUUUUCGAUACACAAAUAAAAGUGGACGAACUCCGUAUUCGUGAAAAUCCGCCGUAUCCCGAAUAAACCAGAUCGGAUUGCAUUAUAUUGGUGAUUUUGGUAGUGUCAACUAAAAUUCUAUGAACAAGGACGAACAUAAUAAUACGGACGACGAUUCCAGAAUCAAUGAAGAAUCGUCGUCAACCAGUGACAAACGUACGGAACAGAUAUCUUCUUCAAAAGCGACUUCUCAACAGCAGCAUAGCGGUCUAAUUGAAAAUAAAAGCAGCCAAGUUUCAUCGCCUGCUCUAGUUAAUAACUCAACAGAAAUCCAUCCGAAAGGUAGCACUACAUCACCCGUAAUCGGUACAGCCAGUUGUUCCUCAGCUGCGGUCCACGUAAAAUCCGAAUCAGGCGACAUGAAACGAGCUUCAGCGAAGAAAUUAAUCGAGAGAUAUUUUUAUCAGCUGGUCGACGGUUGCGGAAAUCCGAAAUGUAAUAAUAAAUACUGUGCCUCCAGUGGUAAGGUAGAGAAGCUCAGUCCGAAUGCUGCCGCCGCCCGUGCUAUUCAGUUGUUCACUCAAGAAGCAGAACUGUGCGACACACACCCGCCAAAAGUUCCCAAGACAAUGACCUGUGCGUCAUCUUCCGGUAGUGCACCAGGUGGUGACGAAGGUAACAGAAGCGGCAAUCUAUCUGCCGGAAGUUCGUCCGGUUCUAGCUCUGGAUUAGACGAUUCGACUGCUAGCACUGAAGCUGGUGCAGCUUGGGGUCUAUUAGGUAGGAGCGUCGAUAUCGAUGAUAUAAACGAUAGCUCCAAUCAAGAUAUGGACUCUAUGGAUGAAGAUGAUCAGUUGAACGGACAAAAGAAUCAAAAUCACCCAUACGAAGGAGGGGGCGGCGAUGCAAGUAGUCACAAUUAUGCGCUCCGCAGUAACGCUCUUCACCAGGGUGGUAAUAAAUGCGAAAAUGCUUCUCCUAGUGGAAGCAGCGGCCGGAAAAAAACGACAACGUCAACCGCAGGCAGUAGCUCUAAGGAAACUUCGAAAAAACAUCGUGAUUCAUCGCCGGUAGAUUACCUAGACGAAGCAAAGCUUCGCGAUUUAAUAGCCGCCUGCGAGCGGGAUAAUUUAGAUACGCCAUUAAUUAGAAAAUUAGGUGCCAUCUUUUCUUCUUAUCAAGCGGUUGCGCUGAGUUUUCAGAAGAAACCUUGCUCUAGUAUUGACGUAAUGCUGGAGAGAGCCCCGGAAGAUUUGAAGAUGUUGAAAAAAGAAGAUUUACGAACGCUUGAGGGUGAUCUCGAUAAGGAUGAAGACAGUCUGGCGGAAAAACUGCCAGAUACAAAGGAAAAACAUCACACCUCAGUCGAUUUGAAUAGUUUACGUCGCUCAAUGAAAUCGUUGUACGAUCGAAAAAGUUCCGUUUUCGGUCCCAUUAACAAUGCCUUACAAUCACUCGGAGAAUCACUAAGCAUCGAACUGCGUGUACAGCUUACGCAAAAGGAAGACAUAGAGCAGGUUAUCACCGUUUUCAUCAUCGUUUUCGAAGUGCUUCAAAUCGGAACCGCCGAAUUUCUGGAAGUUUCACUGCCACGAAUUUGUGCAGCUCUGUGUCACUUGCCAGUGUGGGCUCAGGCUCGGAUAGCGCAUAUUUGGUCGGUGCACUGCAAAGACGGUAUUCAGCCACUAUUGCAGCUACUGCAGCAGCUUAUUACCAUUUCAACGCUCUCUCUAAACUACUAUCGGGAUGUGAAAAUCCACGACAAUGAGAUCGUAUGCAAUGCGACGAAGGUGAUGAAAAUCGUGUUCUACGCCAACAUUCUGUCCGGCAAUGUGGAGCCCAAGCACUUCCGAGAGGCUGACCUCGGUGAUGUCGCGCCUCCAACCUACCUAUCGCUCAUUCCCGAGGACGACGAACCACAGCUGUAUAAUAGCAAGGAAAAGAAAGCUAAACAGCAGAAGCUGGAGGACCCACUGGCAACCGAACUGGAUGUGAACAUCCUGGACUGCCGGAAGCCACACGUACCGUAUGAGGAGUUCUACAAUGAACCGCUGUGCGAUGUUAUCGAGAUGGACCAUGACUAUCUAAAUUACAAGAAUACUACCUCAGAGGGAGCGUUCUUUGCAGACUCAUCGAAGAAAUUCAGUUUUAUGCUGUACUCGUUCAUUUUGACUCCAGCAACGAAAACGCUGGCGCUUUAUUACGACUCAAGAAUCCGAAUGUACUCGGAACGGAGGCUCAGCUUUCUUCACCAGCAGCUGGGCGGCGGACUACAGAGUGUUAAUCCUUUUUUAAAACUAAAGAUUCGGCGAGAUCACAUAAUCGACGACGCCUUGGUAGAGCUAGAAAUGAUUGCGAUGUCGAAUCCGAAAGACCUCAAAAAGCAGCUCGUAGUAGAAUUUUCCGGAGAGCAAGGAAUUGACGAAGGCGGUGUCUCUAAGGAGUUCUUCCAGUUAAUCAUAGAAGAGAUUUUCAACCCCGAUUAUGGUAUGUUCAUCAACAACGAAGACACCAACACGGUUUGGUUCAAUUCGACGUCUUUCGAGAACGAAGCACAGUUCACCCUUAUCGGUAUCGUAUUAGGAUUAGCAAUUUACAACAACAUUAUCCUGGCUGUGAACUUUCCAAUGGUAGUCUACAGGAAACUGAUGGGUAUGAAAGGAUCGUAUGCUGAUUUGUUUGACUGGAAUCCGAUUCUUUACAAUAGUCUCAAAUCGAUGCUGGAUCAUCAGGAAAAUGAUAUGGAGGAAACGUUCAUGCAAACGUUCAAAAUUUGCUACAAAGAUGUGUUUGGUAACGCACUCGAUCACGAACUGAAAACGGAUGGAGACAAGAUCUUCGUCAACCAGGACAACAAGCAUGAAUUUGUCGAAUUAUAUACCGACUUUUUGCUCAAUCAGAGCAUUGAAAAACAGUUCAAAGCAUUCAAACGCGGAUUCCAGAUGGUAACGGACGAAAGUCCGCUGCAUUUGCUCUUCCGGCCGGAGGAGAUCGAACUAAUCGUUUGCGGCAGUAAAGAGUUUGAUUUCAAUGAACUUGAACAGUCGACCGAAUACGAAGGCGGUUUCACCGCAGAGUCCCAAACGAUCAAGGACUUCUGGGCUAUUGUGCACGGGUUAUCGAUGGACUCGAAACGGAAGCUGCUUCAGUUCACCACCGGCUCCGAUCGGGUACCAGUCGGUGGUCUAAGUCGAUUAAAACUGGUAAUUGCUCGAAACGGACCGGAUUGCGAUCGGCUACCGACCAGUCAUACAUGUUUUAAUGUAUUGCUGCUACCCGAGUAUGAUAGCCGAGAAAAACUGGAAGAACGUUUGCUUAAGGCCAUCAACUACUCCAAAGGAUUUGGAAUGCUGUAGAAAGAGUGAAUACUGUUGACCUGAUUGCUCUAUGAUCGUAUCUUUUGCAAAGGAUAAAUUGUGAAUGCAGAAACAAGUUUACAUUAUUUUUGAGAUUUGCUUUUAGAACGCGUAAUUAUCAUUGUUUUUUUUCCUGGAUCUCGUAAACUGGGCUUUAUACGACUGUACAAUAUGUUUUAGUUCGUUACAUCAUGUUAGCGCGUGUGAAAAUAACAUUGAACCAAGUAUGUGAAGAACUUUUUAUUUUAUGUGCUCUUCAAGAGAACGAAGUUUCUUAACACUAAAAUUUUAUACUGAUUUUCCUCAGCUGUAACAAUAAACAUUUGAACAACGUGCCCGAGCCAUGGAAAUAGAA